AUGGCCGAUCAAUUAACUGAAGAACAAAUUGCUGAAUUUAAAGAAGCAUUUUCACUUUUUGAUAAAGAUGGAGAUGGAACAAUUACAACUAAAGAAUUAGGUACGGUUAUGCGUAGUUUGGGACAAAAUCCAACUGAGGCUGAAUUACAAGAUAUGAUUAAUGAAGUAGAUGCUGAUGGUAAUGGAACAAUUGAUUUUCCUGAAUUUUUAACAAUGAUGGCUCGAAAAAUGAAAGAUACUGAUAGUGAAGAAGAAAUUCGUGAAGCAUUCCGUGUAUUUGACAAAGAUGGAAAUGGAUUUAUAUCAGCAGCUGAACUUCGCCAUGUGAUGACAAAUUUGGGUGAAAAAUUGACGGAUGAAGAAGUUGAUGAGAUGAUUCGUGAAGCAGAUAUUGAUGGAGAUGGUCAAGUUAACUAUGAAGAAUUCGUUACAAUGAUGACCUCAAAAUAA